CGCGAAAAUAACAAUUGGGGCUUCUUAUUGCACAAAUGUAAAAAUGAUGGUAACAGAUCAUACGAAGGAGCAAAUUUCUACUAUGUAUCAAAUGGCAAUCAGUGAUUCUUGGUUACUUGCGAAACAUGAUAUAACCAUAAAUUUAUCAACUUUUUCUCAGUGCAUGUGCCUUGGAGAUAUUUUUGACUCGUCUACCAAUGAACUUAUCAUUGCUGAUUUUAGUCAAUACUUCGAAAAUAUUCAUUCUAACUUAGGAGGUUUUGAAUUCAGAAUCAAGAUAUUUAAGGGGACUAAACUCAUCAAUGAAUUACCAUACCUUGAAGCUCCUUCUGGAAUUAUUCCAUUUAAGUGUAAAGGGAACGACAAACAUUGUCUAGAUUUAGCUAUUGCUGCUGGACCAUUUAUUUAUGUCUACUGUAAAUUAUCAUCAUAUUAUAAAUACACUCUACCUUCAUUGGAACCUAAUUUGGAUGAACUCAAACUAUGGGAACAAGCUAGAGAGGGUAAUUUGACACCAGAGGAAUUACGUGAAAAACUUAAGCAGAUUGGAUCUGAAAUGCAUAAGCUAACUUCAAGAUCUAUACGGUAUCUACAAUUACCUGGAGACCUAUUACACGAAUUUUUCAACACUUAUCGAAUGAUUCCACUUCAAAAGCAAACUGUAGCAACGUGUUUGACUAAAAUGAGUAAACAACACAAUGGACCUAAUUCCUGGGACUGUUUAAUCGUUGGCACAGAAUCAUGUUUUGUUUAUAUUUACGAUUGUGUAUCACACAAUAAUUUAUGUGAGAUUGCGUUACCAUCUGUUCCAGUUCAUUUAAACGCAAUAGGAUCCUUCGAUAUUGACUAUCAUAUUUUAGUGACAUGUCGUAACGGAAUAAUUUACUCCAUAAAACGUGGAGAAGCCAACGCUAAGGUUUAUGUUGAAACUGGGUCACAGAUUAUCGGUUUACUUCGUACAGAAAAAGCUGUUAUAGUUGCUUGUAUGGAUCAAACAGUUAAAGGAUUUUCACUGGAGGGUCGACCAAUUUGGAGAGUAAGACAUUCGUGCGAAAUUUUAACAAUAACUCCAAUGAAUUUUAAUAGUUCAAAUAAUAGAAAUCAUGAAAUUUAUUAUAUCAUAUGUUUAUCAGAUGGUUCAGUCCAGAUCUACUGUGAUCAACAUUUAUGUGACAAAUGCAUCAUAUGGGUUCCUUCUACUCAGAAUACUAGCCCUGAGGAUAAUAAUAGUAAUCCUCCAAACAAUAUUACAUCUGGUAAUUCAGGUACUAUUAAGGUGACAGAAACUGAACAGAACAACAAUCAAUCACGUAAACUAAUUGGUUAUCACUUAGCGAAACCUGAUCCAAUUGUCGCUUGCUGUUUUGGGAAAUAUGACAGAGAAAUCAAUACACUAAUACUUGUAUCUCAAGCUGGGCACAUGUUAAUCUUAAUUGCUAAACGUACAGCUAAUUUUAUUCCGAUGGAUGUGAUUACCUCUCGUACAAUCGGUAAACUUGAUAAUUUGAAUAUCCCUAAAAAAUCAAAUUUAUAUAUGGAUUUAACAACUCGUGAACAAUUAAAUGCACCGCUCACAUCUGACGCGGAAUAUGUUCCAAAAACCUUGUAGACGCCCUUCGUUAUGGUAUUACUUAUAUAAAUUUAAGCUGUUUGCAGCUGAAAUGUAUCGUCAAUUUGUGAAUGAUUUACGCUUUGUAAAGCGAUCAAUUUCAUCCACCUUUCUUAAUAUGUUAGAAAAUCAUUCUAAUCCUAUUCCGAUUUCUGGUUAUGGUGAACAAAUUAAAUUAAAUGUCCAGGUAAGUUUCUUCACUAUUGAAUUGUGUCCUCUAAUAAACUUUUAAAAAGAAUCGUACUUUGAUUAAAACCUAAUACAUCAAAAGUAUUCCUCAAGCAAACAUAUCUUUAUAGUGUUAUUGUUAAUUCGAAUCAUUUUGUAAGACAUAUUAUUUUGUAGUUGGGUUAUUGACGCUAUCAUGAGUAAUAAAUUGUGAUACUGUAGCAGCUUCUCUGUUAGUGCACACCUACAUUAUUUGUUCAAAUUUCUGAACAGAUAGAUUAAUUUCAUAGUUUUGAAUAAUUUUUUACAUAUAUAUUUGUCAUUGUCAAUUAUUCCAUUGUAACCGUGAUUGUUUUUAUAUGGGCGUAUGUGUGAAUAUGUCUACUAAUAUCCUUCCCUAUCCCACAUAACUGUUUAGCAUGUUUUUUCUGUUUAACGAUAAACGUUAGGUUACGUUUGGUUAUUUCAGUCAAUCCAUUUCGCAUGCAUUUUCCUUUAUCUCUUAUCUUUUGUAUGGAUAACUGAAUUCUGAAAUAUAUGUCCUUC